GGUCGCGCUCGGAGGUUCGAUUCCAGUUCCUGCAAGCACAUAACACCACUAUCCCCACUACCCUGCGAGACCGAUCCGAGUUCACUCGUGGAGCAGACGUUGGGAAGGAUAGAAGCAUUGGCCGAAAAAUAAUUCUAUCCCCCGUGUUAGUCAGUGUCACAGUAAAGUGUGGUUUAGACUUCCGAAAGCAUCACUAAAUAAGAACGCUCGUGUGUGGUUAAAUUUAUUCCAACUUCGUGCAAACAUUCGCAAACGCAACGUAAAAAGGGAAAAUCCCGACAUCGAAAGCCCGCGUGUGAUUGUGUCCGGUGAGAGUGCGUGUCGACGGGUUCUGUGUGGCGAUGCUGUAACCGUUGCCGUUAGGUUGGUUCGUGAUACAACCGAUACACGUGUGCGUAUAUGGAAAGCAAAGGCUAACCCGAUCCAAGCAGUUCCGGAGACAAUAGUGUUUUUGAUUCUGGGAAACAGCGUUUGAGUCAAACGUACUCCCAGACUCCACCAGUGACGGUGCGGUAGUAUGUGAGCGGUGUGCUGGGACAGGUGUAUCAAGAUUAAGCGCGUAAGUUCCGAGACGUUGGGACGUGUGGGAAGUCUGGUCGAAGGUACAGAGACACAGUGUUAGUACAUCUCAAUCCCCGAAGAGGGUUACCCGUGGCAAGAUGCGUAAAGUUUGGCUCCUCGCCAGCGCCGUGUUGGCGUUUCUCAACUUUGUCAAAUCGCAGGAAGUCGCACGGACACUCUACAGCACCAGAUACGACAACCUGGACAUUGACACCAUUUUGGGGAGCAAUCGGCUGGUGUCGAACUACGUCGACUGUUUGCUGAGUCGCAAACCGUGCCCACCGGAAGGCAAGGACCUGAAACGUAUUCUUCCGGAAGCGCUGCGAACGAAAUGUGCUCGCUGUUCACCGAUUCAGAAGGAGAACGCACUGAAGAUCAUCACGCGGCUCUACUACGACUAUCCGGAUCAGUAUCGGGCGCUGCGGGAACGCUGGGAUCCUUCCGGCGAGUACCAUCGCCGGUUCGAGGAGUAUCUGCGCGGGCUGCAGUUUAAUCAGAUCGGCGGAAACGGUGGUACCGUCGUCGGUACCGGCGUUGGUAAUACGAUAGAGAGUGGUGGUAACGACAGGCCGGUAAGAAAUGACCUCGAUCGACAGCCCGCCACACAGAGCAGCAAUGUGCAGACGAUAGUGGUUAAUCCGGCGCUGGCCGGCCUGCCGAACGGCAAUGUGAAUACGCUGGUUCCGAUACCUUCCUCUCCAACACCUUUACCACCGUCAGCUGUAGCGCCUGCGACCGAACGACCUAGGCCCGCGGCACCGGUUCCGCAAGGCUUUAUUCCACCACGGCCCACCAACACGGUCAGCAACGUCGCGCAAUCGCUGCAGCCGGGCGCUACCCCAACCACACCAUUCGGCACGGUUCGCUUAGACGAAGUUUCAACAGUUCCGCUAUGGCUGGAAGCACAAUUGGCACAACAAAUUCUACCGGAACGUCCGCAAGGAUCGUUCGUCGAUUUCGUCCCAACGGUCACCGUGUCGCCCGCAACGUUCAACGCACGUCCCGUAGUUGAUGGAGUUGGGUAUCAAAAUUUGGCCACCGCUGGUCAGCUUCCAUUCCGGGAUUCGGUGUACGAUGGUCCAACAACUACUGGACGAGUAUUGGCCGGUCCUCGUCCCACGAUGGACAAUGGGUUUGAUGAACUCCCGACGGCUCCACCACCGGUAGUGGUAAAUCGAUUCGGUGACGAUGACGCCAAUGGUCGCCCGUCCAUUGCACCUGUGCCCGCAGUACCCGUAGUAACGACGACUACCACGACUACUACGCAGCGGCCUGUCACCACCACCGUACGACAGACGCGGCCCGCUACACGUCAGACGACGACUAGAAAUACUCAGCGCACAACAACAAGAUUUGCCGCGAACCCACCGAUACAGCCGAUCGUGGGUCUCUGGAACCAGCUCGGCACGAAGAUAGCCGACACGGCGGACGCCAUUGCGGGCAUGCUGAAGAAAACGGUCGAUGUGCUGGUAACGAGCCACAUCCAGUCACACCAGCGGGCACUUCGACGUAUCUAGAUGCUGUUCUGAGGUUUCCAACACCGGCUCCCUCCCCCAAUGACUUCCGCCCAGCAGGGCUCAGCAGAACACCCUCCUAGAAAGGAUGCGAAACAGAGGAAAAACAGUGAACAGUGCGGGGUGUUUUUUUACUUGUUGUUGAAAAUUAUGUGAGAAUGCUUGCCGUUUUAGGCAUUAGUUUUCCAUCCAUAGAAUAUUGUCUCCAUGUAUGUACUGUAUCGCGUGUGAAGUGUGUGGAAGAUGUGGAACACACCACCACCAGUGAAAGCACAUCCUUGCCCCUGAGACCGAGAAAACUUCCUCCCGAACUUCAACGAUCGAGAUAAUGCAUCAAGCUCCUCGUAACGUGUAACAGAACAAGCGUGGGAAGCCACAUGGAACCGCAACCGGGUGUCCUUCAUUUACAAACAUCAAAAAUACCCAUUUAAACCGUUUGUGGUUGUCGUCCAGAAAUCAAGAUCAAGCAAUUCUUCUGUGAUUGAGCGUAUAGAGUGAUAAAAUUAUAUGCGUAUUUACUGUUUGUUGUGUCGUAGAUGAACAUUACAAACCAUUGCUCUUGUAUCUCCUUCUUAUCUCGUCACCCUAUCGCUACCAUCGCUCGUGUGGAUCAUCGCCUCUUAUCGUCCAUCUUUAAUCUUCGUUUUGAUUCCGAAUGUGAAAAAGCAGAGCAAACCAUUAGUGACAUACUACAGGGUGAAUUUUAAAGGUU